AUGAAGACGGCCCAAGGUGUAUCACGUCGUUUUGGAUUUAUCGGCUAUCGCACUGAGAGCGAGGCACAGGCAGCUUUGGAAUACUUUAACAACACCUACAUCAACACAUCUCGUAUCGUUGUCGAAAAGGCUCUUCCUUAUCGAUCCGAAGCUCUACCACGUCCCUGGAGUAGACACACAGAAGGUUCAUCCGCCUAUGAACGUAAACAUGGUGCAUCAGCCAAGAAUAAGGAUGAUUAUCAAGUUGAGGAAACGGAUGCCUUCAAGGAGCAACAACGACUCAAAGACCAGCAUGUCAAUAAGCUUGCAGCAGCUGAAAACGAUCCCAAGUUGCAGGAGUUUUUGGAUGUCAUGACAUCUCGAUCCAAAGGAAAGACGUGGGCUAAUGACGAUACCGGUGUGCUUAAAGGUGGAAAGGAUGGCAAUGCAGAAGAGAAUAUCAAAAUUGCUGCCGAUUCGGAUGAUGACUUGUAUGAGGAUCUUCCUGCAAAGAAACCAAAGGACGAGGAUGAUGGUGAUGAAGGAUCAGAUGAUGAUGAUGAGCAACUUGGCGAUGAUGGUGUUUCCAUGGGAGGACAAAGAUCACAUGGCAGAUCCAGCAAAUCAACACACGAGCCUGAAGCCAUGGAUGUCGAUUAUGACAAUGAACAUCGCAACAACAAUGAACAAGACAAGGAUGCAGCCAUUGAUCAAAUUGAAGAUACGGGUCGUCUCUUUGUUCGCAACCUUACUUAUACCUGCACCGAAGCUGAUCUUAAGGAUCUCUUUUCUCAAUAUGGUCCAUUGUCUGAAGUCAAUCUCCCUGUUUCCAAGGAUACAAAGAGACCCAAGGGUUAUGCAUACAUUGGUUUCCUUCUCCCGGAGCAUGCUAUUAAAGCGUAUCAGGAACAAGAUAUGAAGUUCUUCCAAGGACGUCUUAUGCACAUCAUCCCGGCCAAAGAGAAACCUCAGGCACCAGAACAGGAAAUUCUUGGUCCCAAUGGUGCUAAGCUUAGCAAAGUCAAGCGAGAAAAAGAGGCCAAGCGUAAGAAUCUUGCUGGUAGUGAUUUCAAUUGGAGUACGCUUUACAUGAGUAGCGAUGCUGUUACUGGAGCUAUUGCCGAUCGUCUUGGUUUGAGCAAGGGAGAGGUGUUGGAUCCUAAUUCGAGCAACAUGGCUGUUCGCUUAGCAUUGGCUGAAACCAACUUGGUGAACGAGACAAAGGAGUUCUUUGAAAAGCAUGGCAUUGUGUUGGAUUCAUUUGGAAAGAAAGAACGCAGCGACACCAUUAUCCUUGUCAAGAACACGCCCUUUGGUACAUCCGAAGAUGAUUUGCGCGAGCUGUUUGGCAAAUAUGGCGAUUUGGGUCGGGUUUUGGUGCCACCAGCACAGACCAUGGGUGUGGUAGAAUUCAUUGAACCAAGUGAAGCACGCGCUGCAUUCAAGGCAUUAGCAUACCGAAGAUAUAAGGACACGCUCAUUUAUCUCGAGAAGGCACCUGUUGGCUUGUUCAAGGAGAAGACUUCAGAAGUUACAGUGGCAGGCGAUAAGAAAGACAAGUCCACAGCCAAAACGACAAUAAGCGGUGCCGACUUGAUUGAAAGCACACCUGAUACCGAUGACUCCGAUGUGGCUACUUUGUUCGUCAAGAAUUUGAACUUUAGCACUACGCCUGAAGCAUUGCGCAAGGUGUUCUCUGGACUCGAGGGAUACCGGUCAUCUCGUAUCAAUGUCAAGAAUGAUUUCGCUAAUCCAGGCAAAACGCUGAGCAUGGGUUAUGGUUUUGUGGAAUUUGAUAGCAAAGCGAGUGCACAAAAAGCAUUGAAUGCCAUGCAGGGUUAUAAUCUCGAUGAUCAUGCGUUGCAGCUCAAGUUCUCUCAUAGCAACCCCUCGGGAUCCACCAAGAAGAACAUCAAAAAAGCCGAAUCUACGAAGCUUGUGGUACACAACGUUCCAUUUGAAGCAACAGAAAAAGAAUUGCGUGAAUUAUUUAGUGCAUAUGGUCAACUCAAAUCGCUUCGUGCGCCAAAGAAAUUCAAUGGUGGUCAUCGUGGUUUUGCAUUUAUGGAAUUCACAACCAAGCAAGAAGCGAAGAACGUAUUUGAAUCUAUGGGCAACAUUCACUUGUACGGCCGUCACUUGGUGCUUGAUUGGGCUAAGGAUGAUGAAGGUGUGGAUGCAUUAAGAGAAAAGACGGGUCGAAGCUACGCAAAAGAAGAACGCUUGGGUGGACGAGUCAACAAGAAGCGGAAGGUGGAUCUGGAUGGCGAUAAUGACCAUGAGAUGUUAGAGUAG